AAAUACAAAUCAUGUCAAUUACUAACUAAUAAAAAUUGUAUCUUAUAUAUUUUUUUUGCAAAUAGAAAUAUCCUUAAAAUAAAAUACCUACAAAAUAUUUUGAAAUUAAUGAAAAGUAUUGCAAGUAAUUUAUUUGAAGUUAUUUAAUUGAAAUAUAUUUGAAACGGAAGUGCGCAUCCAAAAUAAUCAGCCAGACUGCCGGCUGCUCGCCAUAUUUGAGGCGAGAAUAGUUUUCGGGUUAUUCAUAUUUAUCGUCGUUAACGACGAAAGGGAGUAAUAAAUACUCCCUUUUUUGUGUAUUCAUAGUGUUAUAUAUUUUUAUUUACCGCUAGGUAAAGCUUGACAUAAAGAAAAAGCAAAUUUUAUUUAUUUUGUAUUAUAAACAUGGCUUUCUAAAAUGUCGGCCUUGCACGUAAUUUCGUUAUCUCCUCGCGGAGUGUCCCGCUCAGCUACUUUUGUGGAUGUUGGAGGAUUCCAGGAUGGACAAGAAAUCAUUGAAUCGGUCUUCCCAACCGCAGUCGAGGGCAUCUGCGCUCGACAGUAAAAAAAAUUCAGAGUCGACACACAAACCUUGGACCCGAAACAACAAGAAACGUGAAGGUCAAGGAUCUGCACUUAAGAAUGAACCAUAUCGCAAAAAUGGUCCUGCACAAAGAGGUAGAGGUCAGGUUGAUAAGCGCCCACGUCCUCGUGGUCCUGCCAAUUUCAAUGUGGGUGGAGCGCAGGAUGCCAGGAUAGAAGACGAUGAUGAGCCAGAGAUUGGCUCAGUAUUUGUGCCCGGAAGCAAGAAGCAAAACUUGAACCAUUUGCUUAACUUUAUGUAUCCCACCCGUGGAGGGCCAGAACGGAGGGGUCACCAGCCACAUUCUCGUCGUCCAACUCAUCAAAGAGUGACUGCACGUCAUGACCAUGAUCUCUACUUGCGGGCUUAUUGUCAGUUUGUAGUAAAGGAAGAUGGGGAUUAUGAUGCAAAUUUGCUGGAUCCAGACUUGCCCGUGAAAUGGGAUCUAAUAGAAGAAAUUGUGGUACGUAGUACUGGCAGUUCAGAAUGUCCGAUUUGUUUGGGUGCACCGGCGGCGGGUCGUGUUGGUUUAUGCGGACACGUGUAUUGCUGGGCUUGCGUACUUCACUACGCGGUCGCUAAUGAAAAACAACCACCGCCGUGUCCCGUCUGCGCCACACCAUUACAUGUCAAAGACAUGAAGCCAACUAGAAUGGUGCAAUGGGAGGCACCUGCCGAAGAGGUUACAAUGAGGCUGGUGCGUCGUCUUAGAGGUUCAACUACUGUUGAAAUAGCUCCACCUCGUGGUGUUGCUGACACAAAACAACCGUCAAUUAUGCCUUUAGAAAACGUAAACCAGGCACCAUACUCAAAGUUUUUUACAGCUUCAAAACAACAGGUGCAAGAAAUAUUAGAGAGAGAAAGAAAUGAAAUUCAAAAUCAGAUAUUGGCAGAAAUUGAUACUACUGAAAUAAUUUAUAUGGAACAAGCUCUGAAUAUUCUUAAGAAAAAAGAGGACAAAAUAAAGGAACAAAUUGACACACCAAAAAUCGGGGAGAAUAUGGCGGAAGAAGAAGUUCCUAUAGUCUACGAAAAACAGUUGAUUAAUGAUAAAAGAAUUGAUUGGUUUGAUGUACCUGAUGAAGCCAGUGGUAUUGAUCAACUUCAGAGUCAAAUGUCUGACCUUGAUAUUGAUGAAUCCAGUUUGAAUCCAAAUGCUCCAAUAUUCCUUCAUAAUGAUAUUAAUGAUAAUCAAUCAGAAGAAUUCCCUUUGAUUGAAUAUGAAAUACAAGAGCAAGAGGAACAAACUGUUGACAAUAGUCCUUCUGUCACUACUAUUGAUAAGCAGAAUCAAGCUAAAUAUUUCUACUUUUAUCAAGCUGAGGAUGGUCAACAAGUGUUCCUCAAUAGCUUGAACGUGCGCAUUUUGAAUGCUUCAUGGGGCACUCUUUCCGCUGCACCGUCAUUAAUUCGUGGCCGUGUCCUUCACCGUGAAACGCUACCACUGACAGAACAGACAAGAAAACACAUGCCCUAUACUGCUCACUUGCCACUCUAUUGUGCAUUUGAUAUUGUUGAAAUGGAUCUUCGACCACCAUUUGUAACAGAUGUGGCACUUAAAAAUUUCUCAGAGGAGUUAGAGCGUCGUGCCCGUAUUCGCGCCCGGCAUGAGCGGGAAGAGAGACGUCGUGAACGGGAAUGGCGGCGGGCUAUGGAAGGCCCGCCUAAGCCUGACUUCUCGUCAGAAUUGCUAUUCCCUCCCGCCGCCCUCAGUUGCUCACCUCUCGACCCACCGUUGCUGUCGACGUCCAUAGAAGAACCAUCGUCUACUACAACAGUCAGUCAGUCUCCUUCUACUUCAGGACCCUCAUUUGCAAAGAUGGCUAGUACAAGCGGAACAUGGCGUGUCCGUCGAGUGGAAGCUCCACCGCCGCCACCGCUGCAGCCUUCCGACGAAGAGCCUGCGGCGCCCCGCACUCUCAGCCUUAGCGACGCCAUCGAAGCAGCCCUACACGCAGCCCCUUCGCCAUCGACUAAGAAAAACAAAAAGUCCAAGAAAGUUUUAUUUGCCACCGGCAUGCAACGGGCAGCUUAAUUAACCACACAAAAUAUGCUUAGUAUUGGAUCAUCUUUUAUUCUAUUAGUUAUUCAAAGAUAACAAUGCUUUUAUGUUUUAGAUGUUAUCACAUUUUCAUGUUGAAUAAAUAUCUAUAAAAAUGGAAAAUUUUAAAACAAUAUAAUCGUGCUACAUAUAUUAUAAAGAUUGUUAUAGAUUAUAUCACUUCAUCAGGUAUACUAUCGCUUUAUAUCGUUUUUGUAACAAGGAAAUAUCAUUUGUAAUUGUUGAUAUGGGAAUACAGUUUCUGAUAUUUGAAUUUCUGCUAUUAUACAAUAGUGAACAAUAUAAUUGUGAUUAAAAUGUGAAUGUUUAUUUAAUACAGGUUGACGGUAGUUGUAGCUUUCGAAGUGUCUACCUACAUGAUAUUGAUAAAUAAAUUAAUCAUUAUCC